GCCCUGGCCGCGGCUGCCAGUCGGCGCCGCCCGGAGCCGGGAGCGCGGCCGGAGCUAGGCGCGGGCUGUGGGGCCGCCGCGUGCCCGGCCCCGCUCGCCCGUGCCCGCCGCUCGCCUGCCCGCCCGCCAUGCCCGGCUUCGACUACAAGUUCCUGGAGAAGCCCAAGCGACGGCUGCUGUGCCCGCUGUGCGGGAAGCCCAUGCGCGAGCCGGUGCAGGUUUCUACCUGCGGCCACCGCUUCUGCGACACCUGCCUGCAGGAGUUCCUCAGUGAAGGAGUCUUCAAAUGCCCUGAGGACCAACUUCCUCUGGACUAUGCCAAGAUCUACCCAGAUCCGGAGCUGGAAGUACAGGUACUGGGCCUGCCUAUCCGCUGCAUCCACAGUGAGGAGGGUUGCCGCUGGAGUGGGCAACUUCGUCAUCUACAGGGCCACCUGAAUACCUGCAGCUUCAACGUCGUCCCUUGCCCCAACCGCUGCCCCGCCAAGCUGAGUCGCCGUGAUCUGCCUGCACACUUGCAGCAUGAUUGUCCCAAGAGGCGCCUCAAGUGCGAGUUUUGUGGCUGUGACUUCAGUGGGGAGGCCUAUGAGAGCCAUGAGGGUAUGUGCCCCCAAGAGAGUGUGUACUGUGAGAACAAGUGUGGUGCCCGCAUGAUGCGGCGGCUGCUGGCCCAGCAUGCCACCUCUGAGUGCCCCAAGCGCACCCAGCCUUGCACCUACUGCACUAAGGAGUUCGUCUUCGACACUAUCCAGAGCCACCAGUACCAGUGCCCAAGGCUGCCUGUUCCCUGCCCCAACCAGUGUGGUGUGGGCACCGUGGCUCGGGAGGACCUGCCAAGCCAUCUGAAGGACAGCUGUAGCACUGCCUUGGUGCUAUGCCCAUUCAAAGACUCCGGGUGCAAACACAGGUGCCCUAAGCUGGCAAUGGCACGGCACGUGGAGGAGAGUGUGAAGCCACAUCUGGCCAUGAUGUGUGCCCUGGUGAGCCGGCAACGGCAGGAGCUGCAGGAGCUGCGGCGAGAGCUGGAGGAGCUGUCGGUGGGCAGUGACGGCGUGCUCAUCUGGAAGAUUGGCAGCUACGGGCGACGGCUACAGGAGGCCAAGGCCAAGCCCAACCUCGAGUGCUUCAGCCCAGCCUUCUACACACAUAAGUAUGGUUACAAGCUGCAGGUGUCUGCGUUCCUCAAUGGCAAUGGCAGUGGCGAGGGCACACAUCUUUCACUCUACAUUCGAGUGCUGCCAGGUGCCUUCGACAAUCUCCUUGAGUGGCCCUUUGCCCGCCGUGUCACCUUCUCCCUGCUGGAUCAGAGUGACCCUGGGCUGGCUAAACCACAGCAUGUCACUGAGACCUUCCACCCCGACCCAAACUGGAAGAAUUUCCAAAAGCCUGGCACUUGGCGGGGCUCCCUGGAUGAGAGUUCUCUGGGCUUUGGUUACCCCAAGUUCAUCUCCCACCAGGACAUCCGAAAGCGAAACUAUGUGCGGGAUGAUGCUGUCUUCAUCAGAGCCUCUGUUGAGCUGCCCCGGAAGAUCCUCAGUUGAGUGCAGGCGGGGCUUGGGGGAAAGGGGGAUGGGACAUGACCUCAGUCAGGUACUGGCUGAACCUGGAGAAGGGGCCGGACCCCCUCAGCUGCUUCUGCUGCCUAGGUUCUAUUACCCCAUUCUCCCUCUGCCCCACCACCCUCCACGCCCAGGUGCCUCCAAUUGGUGCUUCAGCCCUGGCCCCUGAGGGGAGCAGGUCUCGGGGUCUAGGGCUGGAAACAAGUGAUCCCAGGGCCUGUCUCCCCUCCUGGGCAGGGCAGACAUGCCUUGGUGCCGGCCAUACCCUACCCGGACUGAGGUGCCUGCUCAGGUGCUAUCUCCCAAGAGCCAUAGGAGUGGGGAGUUGGGAAUGGGGGAGGAGUAGUUAAAAAUCUGUCUUGAGAUCUGGUGUCUUUUCCCCUUUUCCCCAGCUGUGCCCCCUCUGGUUAUUUAUUUCCUUAGUGCCAGGAGGGCACAGCGAGGGAGCCCUGAUUUUUAAUAAAUCCUGAACUGUAUUUAUUAA